AUGGAAGGCGGCAAUAAUGGCGAAUUCACUAGUGCUUUUGGGAAAAAGGUCCGAUUUAGAUCACCGUACAUAAAAAUUAAGGCUUUUUCCCCAAUUCCAUACCUUUUGAAAGCCUUAGAUUUUUAUGUGAGAAGCGUGUCUCAGUGCGCAGGGAGGGCCAAUUACAAAGGCCUGGCAGGAGGGGGUUUCGGUGUUCCCGCCAUUGUCCUGCCAAAGAGCUUCACCGUGACUUCCACCCUCACAAAUGAUGAUGAAUUUUCUGAUCUCGUUAGGGCGGCUUCACAGAGGAGUAUUUCAUCUCCUGCAGCGCAAGGGAAGGAAAUUCCGAUAAGAUUUAGAACUAAUGAUGCACCUUCUGUUGGAAGGAUCGACGAGGAUAGCCCCUGA